AUGACUAACAACUGGACUUUCAGAGAAGGAGAAAGCUCUUCCUAUAACUCAGAUGAACCUCGCAACGUUAUCCAACAACGCGCUCAGACAGAGAUCACCUAUAGGUUCACCCCCAAUCUCAAGCAGAAGAACGAUCCACUUCUGUCUAUCCCAGAAGAAUACAGAGUUUACGAGAAACUCUUUGCAGCCGAAUUAGAAACCAGACUGCCUGAACACACCAGUUUCGACCACGAAAUACCCCUCAAAAAAGGGAAGGAACCACGCUUUAACAAAAUCUACAGACUCAACCAGACAGAGAUAGAAGCCCUAGAUAAGUAUCUUGAAGAAAAUCUCAAGAAGGGAUAUAUCAGACCCUUAACGUCACCAGCAGGAAGCCUAAUCCUGUUCGUACCUAAGAAGAACGGAAAACUACGAUUAUACGUCGACUACCGCAUGCUAAACGAAAUGACGAUUAAGAACUGCUACCCACUGCCACUUAUCGACAAGAUGAGACGACUCCUUUAUAGAGCCAACUGGUUCACAGCCCUCAACCUCAAAGGAGCCUAUAACCUGAUCAGAAUGAAGCAAGGAGAAGAAUAG